AUGACCGACGAGGAUGUCACCUCCGAUGAUUUGGACGACCACGAUAGGUUCCUGGAUUCCGAAUGGGCAGAAUUGCUCACCAUCAAGGGGAGCCUGAUCGAGUCCAUUCCACAUGAUCACCCGUAUCUCGCGAACGGGGUAUUCGAGCAGGCCGCCACCACCAGGAAGCAGUGCGUCAGGCUCAUCAGCAGGUUGAGGGGUCAACUAGCUAAGAAAGCUCAGCCACCCAUUACACCACCGAGUUUUCAACACCACGAUCAGCUGAAGAGACUGGACAUCAAGCCUUUUGAAGGCAAUCCUUCACAGUGGAAGGAGUUCAGUGACCUCUUCACUUCACUGAUGGGCAGCAAAUCUACAAUUCCCCCAGUGGAGAAAUUGUGGAAGGAGUUCAGUGACCUCUUCACUUCACUGAUGGGCAGCAAAUCUACAAUUCCCCCAGUGGAGAAAUUGGUGAGGCUGAAGAGCAGCCUCAGAGGACCAACAGCAGCUCUGAUCUCUACGAUACCCCUCAGCGAUCAGAAUUAUGAGAACGCAUGGAGAAAGCUCCAAAAGAAGUACGAUGAUCCCAGACUUUUGGCACAGUACUUAUUUAGUCGAGUCCUGGAGUUGCCAAAAAUCACCAAACCCACGGAACAGAAUCUCACCGACAACGUGGCAGCAGUGGUCGAGUCGCUGGACCAGCUCAGAACAGUGGCCGGCCUUUCAGAAGCGAACCUAACAGAACAGCUGUUCGCUCACCUCCUGAGGAAGUCCUUGGACGCAGAGAGCCUCAGACAAUGGGAAUUGAAAUUGGGAGACGCCAAGGAUUUCCCCAGCCUCAAAGAGUUCGUCGUAUUCGUGGAGUCCUGUGCCAGGGGUAUCAACGCAGGGUCCAAACUCCACUCCAGACAGCAGAUCACCGCUCCCAGCAAACCACCUAUUAAGAAGAAAGGAGCUUACGCAGCAACUCAACAAGUGGAGGACAGCGCUCAGCAGAACAGUCACCAAAGGAAAGAGUGUUCCAUGUGCAAAGGGAACCACUUUGUCGACAAGUGUCAGCAAUUCAAGGAGCUGGACCCAGUAAAAAGAAACGGCCUGGCCAUCGACAAGAAACUAUGCUUCAGGUGCCUGGGCACGCACAAAAAAGACAGGUGCAGCUCAGACGAACAAUGCCACAAGUGCAAAGGAUCUCACCACACUCUGAUCCACGGAGGCAGCAGGUACACAGGAUGGGCUCCUCCACGUCGUGACUCGGAAGCUGCAGGGUUCUCUGGAACUGCCAACAGACCUGCAGAAGAGAGGAUCGACGAGGACCAGACUAAGCCCAGUACAUCAACAGCAGCAGUUAACCUCAACAAUCAGAUGACCAAUGGGAACCAGCAGUCAAAUCAACCUUCAGAAGAUCAACAAUCGGUGCUGCUGGCGACAGCCCGAGUUACAGUGAAAUCACCACGAGGAUUCUCCAGCAGAGCCAGAGUCCUCAUCGAUCAGGGAUCAGAGGUGUCAUUCAUCUCAGAAAAACUAGUAAAUCAACUGCACUUGCCCAGGAAAUCAACAACGUUGGAAUUAAUCGGAAUUGGAGGAGUUAAUUCCGGCAGCACGAGAGGAUUGGUAUCAGUUACACUUCAGGCAAUCAACGGAAAUCAACAGGUUCAGAUCAGCGCCCACAUAUUGAAGAAACUCACCGCAAUUCUACCAUCGUUCUCAUGUGCCUCAGCGAACAUCGGUUCAUUAGAAAAUCUCCAGCUAGCAGAUCAGCAGUAUCUCAAGCCCGGACCAAUCGAUAUCAUCAUAGGGGCUGACAACUACGGGCGAAUCAUCAGAGAUGAAGUUGUCAAGUCCAAGCAGUCAAAAGUCGUCGGCCAACGCACAGUCUUUGGUUGGAUUCUAUCAGGUCCAAUCAACUGCACCGGUUGUUCAGCGAGGAUCUCCCUAUCAGCUGUAAGGACCUCCUCAAACGAACAACUUCUAGAACUUCUCCAGAAAUUUUGGGUCCAGGAAGAGUUACCAGUUCAGCAGUCAGAAAAUUCAGAGUUAUCACCAGACGAGCUGGAGUGUGAGAAACACUUCAGGUCUACACACAGCAGAGAUUCAACGGGACGGUACAUAGUGAGGCUCCCGUUGAAAACCUCCACAGCAGCUCUCGGGGAGUCGAAAUUCAAGGCUUCGCGUCAGCUCAGAUCUACAGUCAGCAAACUCACCAAUAAUCAGGCAUAUGCCCAGCUGUACAAGGAGUUCAUCAACGAGUACGAAACUUUGGGUCAUAUGCAAAGAGCACCAGAGACAGCAGAACCCGUUCCAGUUUAUUAUCUUCCACACCACGGGGUUCUGAGAGCAGAUGCAAUCACCACAAGGUUGAGAGUCGUCUUCAACGGCUCCAGCCCCACUUCAUCAGGAACGUCACUCAACGACAUUCUACAUCCAGGUGGAAAACUUCAGACCAACGCCAUGGACGUUCUAACAUGGAUGAGAAAGCACAGGCUCGUGUUUGGCACUGACAUAGUCAAGAUGUUCAGGCAAAUACGAGUUCAUCAGGACGAUUGGGACCUGCAGAGAAUUUUGUGGGUUGACGACAACAAACAGCAAAUCUCCUACCAGCUCACCACCGUCACCUACGGGCUCAAUUGCUCCCCAUGGCUGUCUCUGAGAGUUCUCCAGCAGUUAGCAGAGGACGAGGGUCCACGAUUUCCAGCAGCCGUCGAGACAAUCACCAGAGGUCGUUACGUAGACGACAUCUACGGCGGAGCAGACUCACCAGCAGAACUCAAGGAGAUAGUAUGGCAGUUACAAGGACUUUGCCAGGCAGGAGGCUUCCCUCUCCAGAAAUGGAGCAGUAAUUGCCCUCAGCUCUUGCAUGAGCUCGGCCUAUCAACAGAGGAAGAAGUCAUUCAGUUUGAAGAGUCCGUCACCAAGGUACUGGGUCUGUGUUGGCAUCAGUCGUCCGACACAUUCCAGUACAAAUCCAGAGACUUCAAAACAGAGACGAUCACCAAGAGAAUUGUCUCUUCAGAGAUAGCCCAGAUCUUCGAUCCUUUGGGAUUUAUCGCUCCAGUCGUCGUCCAGGGGAAAAUUCUCCUUCAGGAUCUCUGGAAACUCAAAUGCAGUUGGGAUGACCCCCUCCCCGAAGAGUACAUUCACCGGUGGGAGUCAUUUCGCCAGGAACUCACCGAACUAGAUAAAGUUGCAGUACCCAGAUGGCUCAGAAUCUCACCUCAGACAAACGACAUCCAAUUACACGGAUUCGCAGAUGCCUCAACAGUAGCUAUGAGUGCUGUGGUCUACAUUCGCACUCAGAAUCUCAACGAGCCAGCCUCCACAGUUUUGGUCUGCGCUAAGACCAAGGUAGCACCGAUCAAGCGCAUGACUAUUCCACGUCUGGAACUUACUGCAGCUCUCCUGUUAACUCAACUCGUAACAUCAACGCAGCAGAUGCUCCAGCUAGACCAGGUAGAAACUCACCUUUGGUCAGACUCAGCAGUAGCUCUCGCGUGGAUCAGGAGUCCGGCCUCGAGAUGGAAAGACUUCGUCCACAACAGAGUGGUAAAAAUCCAGGAAACUCUCCCGAAUGCCACUUGGAGACACGUCAGUGGGAAGGAGAAUCCAGCCGACUGCGCCUCCAGGGGCAUAACACCAAGUCAGCUAGCAGAUCAUCACCUCUGGUGGACAGGACCUGAUUGGAUAAAUCAGGACCCUGAAGACUGGCCACGAUCAACUAUCAAUGCUCCACCAAUGGACAUCCCAGAAGUGGCCAAAGAAGCGAAACCAGCAAAAUCUCACCCAGUCGGACAGAGAAUCAACGAGAUUGCCGAGCUCCUCAACAGAUACAGCACGAUGGCAAAGCUGUUAGCAGUAACAGCGACCAUCAACAGGGCCAUUGACAGAUUCAGGAGGCAGCCAAUGCCCCCGGGAUCUAUCUUGACGACCAGAGAACUCAACGAUGCGAGAUUAUUUUGGGUAAAAAUAACACAACACCAGUACUUUGUUUCAGAACUCAGGGUACUUCUCAGAAAUCAGCAGCUACCUAGAAAUCACCAGUUAGCGAAAUUCACUCCAACUCUGGACGAGGAGGGCAUCAUGAGACUUGGGGGACGCCUCAAGAACUCAGAACUCCAUCCAGAACAGAUCCACACAAUAAUCUUGCCACGUCGGUCCAGAUUCACCACACUCACACCGAGCUGGACAGGCUCAGCAACAGAUGGGUCAAUUGCCCGCAACCAGAGUCUCACCAGCAAGAGCAUUUCUCCACAGGGGGUGGACUAUGCAGGUCCUUUCGCCAUCCUCAAGUGGAGACCCACGAAUGCUCAACCGGGAUCAGUGCACAUCGCAGUGUUCGUGUGUUUCACCACGUCAGCAGUUCACCUAGAGGUCGUCAACAGGCAAACCACAGACGCCUUCCUCGGAGCUUACAAGAGAUUCACCGGAAGUCGAGGUAUUCCAGCAGUCAUGUACAGUGACAAUACCACCACCUUCGUCGGAGCAGCAGAUCAACUCGAAAGGCUCUAUCACCAAGCAUCUAAAGAAAAUCAACGUGUUCAGGCUGCUCUCGCCACCAAUGGCACUCAGUGGAGCUUCUCACCACCUAGAGCACCCCAUUUUGGUGGCAAAUGGGAAGCAGCAGUAAAAUCAAAGAAGCAUCACCUCAAGAGAGUCCUGGGAACGACAACGCUAACAUUUGAGGAACUCAACACAGUCUUAGUUCAGAUUGAAGCCUGCCUAAACUCCAGGCCAAUCUGUCCGAUGUCAGACGACCCAGAAGAUCUUCAGGUUCUCACCCCAGGACACUUCUUAAUCGGCGAGCCUCUACAGAUAGUACCAGGGUCAUCCUACGUCGACGAGAAUCCCCUCAAGAUGAGGAGAUGGAACCUCGUGACUCGGAUAGUUCAGCAGUUCUGGUCCAGGUGGUCCAAAGAGUGUCUCCAACGAUACCAGGCUAUCUACAAGUGGAAGACACGUCAGCAGAACAUCGAGGUUGGUAACAUGGUGCUGAUGGUCGACGAUAACCUUCCACCAGCCCAGUGGCCAAUCGCCAGAGUCAUCGCGACUAGACCAGGAGCAGAUGGGCUCACCAGAGUAGCCACAGUCAGAACGAGCAAAGCAGAAGUCGGCAGACAUCAAGAUGGGUCGCCUAAUCUCCAGAACAUCACAGCAGCCCACUCGGUGUUUGACAGACCAAUCACCAAGCUCUGUCUGCUUCCUACAGACCCACCUACACCAGAACAACCUCCAGAAGAAGAUCACCCAGAUGAUGAAGACGAUCAACAGCAAGGGGACAUCCAGGAACUGCAGGACUGA